GAAACGGUGGAGGAUGUAUAUAGAAUACAUCUUAUUUCAUCUUGCAUUAUGGCAUUGUACAUUGUGUUGGUUUUAGUGGCAAUUUGCAUUUUGCGUUACAUGGGUAUGCAUUGAUGUUCGCAAAAUGGUCCAACUGUCCUCAUGGGUUGGUAUUUGGGCGAUUAUGUGAAAAAUAUUUGUCUGAUGCUCAGAAGUGUUUUGGUGUCUCUAAUAGUUAUGUUUCAUUUUUUAAUGAACUUGUUCAAAUUGUUCAGCACAUCGUAGAUGCUGAGAAUUUAAUUUCAUGUUCCUUCGAAAUACACGCUGGUAGCGAAGGUAAAUCGAUUAUUGAAGAUGAAAGAAGACAAUUUAAACGAUGGAAAAGUGAAAGAUCAAAAUUAUCAACUGAACUAAAAUCUCAAACGCGUAUUAUUGAUGAUGAAAUUAAGCGAUAUCGAGAUAAAUAUCGUGAUAUGAUCAAGGCUAAAGAAGACUAUGAACGCAUCAACGCUGAUCAGAGUCAUUCACAGUUCGAUGUCGAAAAGGCUUUAAAUUAUACACGAUUGAAAGAGAUUGAUUUUGAAAGAGCACGAAAAGAUUAUUCUGCUGCUUUGAACCAAUUUAAUUUAUAUCGUCAAGACUAUUAUUUUCGUUGUUUACCAUCAUGGGCACAAGUUGGCAAAAGUUUAGAAGUUGAAAGAUAUACGCGUACCCAAUCUUUAAUCAAUAUAUUAUAUGAACGAUUACGAGUGGCAAUUGAUCGUAUGAACAGUGUAUGCGAUGAAUUCAAAUCAGUAUGUACAAACCUUAAUUCAGAUCAAGAUUCUGAAGAAAUGAUAAAAUACUUACAUAGUAAUAAUCCACCACCUGGGGAUAUUGCUUUUGUGGAUCUAUAUUCAUCUUCAGUGAAUAAUAGUACUAUACAAUCGACUGUUAAGCAACCAACAUAUCCAAAACAACAAAGAACUAAUUCAAGUGAACCAAUUUAUUCAUCAGGUAGUGUAGUUCUUCCAUCAAAUUUUCACUGUUCCGUCUGGGCGGCAGAUAAUGCAGCGUUGGAAUCGAGUAAACAGUGUGGUAGUGACAAUAAUAAUAGUAAUAAUAAUUAUGUUUCACCAUCUUCCACUUCUGUUGGAGAAUCAAUCUAUGGUGAGUCCGGCUCUAUAUACUGUGCAUCUUAUGCUUCAACAACAUCAACUAAUGGUUCACACAACGGUGGCGUUGGUAGUAACUGUAGCCGUCGUCCAAGUGUUAGUGAUAAUUAUACUGCGUUAAAUCUACGCAAUUCUUCUAUAUCAAUAAACGGUGCAGGGUUUUUGCGGAGAAUAUUUUCACGACGUAGUAGGAGCGUUGUGAAUUUAAAAUCAGUAGCAGAUUUAUGCGAGCCUGCUCGAAUCAAACAUCAGAAAACAAAUGAUCAAAUCACUUGUCUGUUUGACUCAAAAAGGAGAGCAACUCAUAAUUCUAGAAUUACUGGUAAUAUUAGUAGGUCAAGAGACAAUUCUGUUGUAGAUCCCAGUGAUUUCUCUGACUCGAAUUCUGAAUUAGGAAAUAAUGUUCAUGGAAAUAAAACAACUAUCAACAAUAACACUUAUAGACGACAAUUAAGAAUUCAUUCAACUACUGACAGCGAUAAUGUAGCUUAUGCAUCAACGUCUGUCCUAAAUGGACUACCUCAGUCCAUGGCAUCGUCAUGUCAAUCUCCUGACGCUCCAAAAGGUGCUGCGGUUGCUGCUGUUCUUCCUGUUACGACGAUAACAACAAUAACAACAACUCAUACUCCUUCAUCAUCUCUUUAUUCUCGUUCUGACUCUCAAGCGAUAGGUUUAUCUUCAGGUCAUGAAAGGUCUUCCAUCCCUCUUUAUUACCUUUCUACAUCAGGAAAGUCGAAACCAAUGGAAAAUGGUGGUUCCUCCAAACAAUUAUUAAAACAGGAUAAAUUAUUUACUGCUCCUUUAGCUGAACCAGAAACUGGUUCUAUUGUAACUCCAGUUGAAUCAUUUUCACAAUCAACUUUAACCUCAUCACUUAGUCAACUACCUGAAUCAUUGAAUGUUCAAAUGCCUACUUUAAAACAAAAUUUACUCACUAAUAGACCUACAAUUACUAAUAAUGACGAUAAUAGUAGAUGUUCAACAAUAAAUGGAGAUUCUUACCAUAAUAAUUUAGACUCUAAUCACAGUAAUGACACAUUAAUCUAUUCUCAAAUGAAUUCAUCUUAUAAUCAUUUUGAAUUAAAAAAUUCUGAUCAAGUUUUAUAUAAUCAUAAUAAAAAUCUCUUAAAAAAGCAUGAACAGCAAGGACUUUGGUACUCACAACUACAAAAGUGUCAACAACAGGACCAGUCAUUACGUCAUCACCUUAAACAUGAACAACGAAUAACUGAAGCUUCAGUUGAUAAUAUUGAUUCCAUUUGUUCAAUAUCUCCUAGUUGUUAUCACAAACAAGAUAAUAAUAAUAAUAGACAAUCAAAAGAAUCACAGUUUGUUGCUAUUGGUGAUUGCAGUGCCUUGUAUCCAUUUACAGGCGAUGGUUUUGAAUCGUGUUAUUUAGCAUUUGAGGCUGAUGAAGAAUUUUAUAUUUUGGCAACUGAUCCAACGGAAGAUACUACUGAUUGGCUUCAUGUAUGCCGUAAACAGCGGACGCAAGAAAUAGGUUAUGUUCCUACAGCAUAUGUUCAGAAAAAUUUUUAUUUGCAACCAGUUAUCUUGCCGAAAUCAGAAUAUGUACAACUACAAGAUUCGGACUCAUCAUCGACUAGAACAGUUACUUCUACUAAACCGACGUUGAAAAAAUCUGUGAAUACAGCACAAACAUCUGCAAGAAGUCCAGUGAAUAGUGUUCACAGUAAUAAAAGUAAUUAUUCCGGUAUGUUGAUGAUGAACAGAAAUUUCAGAGGUACUUCUCCUUAUGUUCGUUUAAGUGGAGUUUCACGAGAUACGGACUUAUGAUGAAAUAAAUAAACUUGUUGAAUUCACUCUUUCCUUGUUUAUGCUUUAUUAUUAUUACCAUGUUAAUUUUUUUUUAUACAUACAUAAUGAACGUAUGCUCAUGAGUAUACUUUUUCUUAAACAAUGAACCAUAUCAUUUUGACAAUUCACUUUUAUAAACAAUCUCCAAUUAGUAUUAUUCUUUUUUAUUUGUAACUUUUCUUUAAAAUACAAUGAUCGGCAGUAUUACACAAUCUUAUCUUCCAAUCUCCCUAUUUGUACAUAUGGAUAUAUGCAACCCCCUUUUUGUCACAUUAUUCACUGGUGCCUUAAUUUUUCAACAGAAAUCAUUAUCAUUUCUCUAUUCUUAUUGUUUUUUUCCACACUUUAUGCAGUAAAUUAGAAGAUUGUUUAUAUACCAUUUACACUAUCACAUACACUUACAACGCAUAAGACAGACACUUAUUUGGUAGUUUUACAUUGAAAUACCUACUUUUAUUCCUUCGUAAUUAUUUUAGAUGAUAAAAGGGGAAGGGAUUUCAUUUUAUAAAAUAUUAAAACUGCCACUAUUGAAUAUACUACGACAUAUUGAUGAAUUGUCUUUGUCAGUUGACUUCUACGACUAUACAGUAAUUGAGAUAAUCUGUUUUCAUUUUUAGUUUAAUCCACUGUUUUUUCCUAAUCACAUUUGUAGGCGACAUUUUACCUCUUCUAUAUAACUUUUUAAAGUUUUUCCUUGUAUUGACAUAAACUUAUCGUGUAUAGUAUACAUGUCGUACUAUGUCAUACGUUGUCUUGUUUAGUCUGGAAAUAAUAACAAUUCGGUAUCUACUACUGAUUUCUUAUGUGUUCAGUAACUACUAAGUAGAUUCAGAUAGUAUUGAUUAUUCUAAUGUCUCUGCUCUUUUAAUUUACCAUUCUUAUCGUUUGACAUUUCAAUAUAGGCUCGCCUAAAUAGAUUUAGUCUGUUCCGUUUGUGGAAUUAUAUCCAUCGUGUUUUGAUGUGUUUCAAGGCAUUCACCACGUAUGACUACUCGUCAAGUUGCUCGUGAUAUUUCACUCGCUAAGGUUCUGGAUUAUUAGAUGAAUAUAUUUUCCUGAGUCAUUUAAAGAAUUGACCUGAUCCAACCAAACCGGCAAGACAAUUUUCUGCCAAAAUAAGUUUGAAGUCCGAAAAAACUCAACAGUAAUGUAAAGUGUUUGAUACAUACAUGGAAUGAACAUUCAUUCUUACAGAACGAACAACUAGCAGCUUCACAUUUUCCUACCUUAUUAUCCAUUUGUGAACUUUCAACCAUAAAGUAUUUUAUGGUUUAACCAUAGAUAGUGAACUAUGGUGAUCACCGAUUUCACCUUCCAAUAAUUAUGUUUCAACUAGCUCAUUGAUACUUAAUAACUACUUUUUGGUGGAGUUUCGUUGUCUGUGCUGGAUAGUUUGGUCGUGAAGCUCUCAUCGUUAUUCUGAACGACAUCACCAGCACAAACUUCAGUUGCAAGUGACAUGUUCGAGUUUCUCUACAUACGACUCACAGCUUGUCCUGUGUAGACCUAAACCUUGAUUGGCUAUUAUUCACAUUAAACCUAUCAUUUAUCUACUCAGCCAAAUGGAUGAGUGAAUUUCGCACCAAGAUCCGAUACCUG